AUGGAGUCUCCUAAUCUCACUAGCCUGGAUCCAUCUGUUUUCUUUCUCCUGGGUAUUCCUGGUCUCGAACAGUUCCACCUAUGGCUCUCACUCCCUGUGUGUUGCCUGAGCACAGCCACAAUUGUGGGCAACAUAACCAUCCUGGUUGUUGUUGCCACUGAGCCAACCCUGCACAAGCCCGUGUACCUUUUCCUCUGUAUGCUUUCCACCAUUGACUUGGCUGCUUCCUUCUCCACUGUUCCCAAGCUACUCGCCAUUCUCUGGUGUGGAGCAGGUCAUAUCUCGGCCUCUGCCUGCCUGGCACAAAUGUUCUUCAUCCAUGCAUUCUGCAUGAUGGAAUCCACUGUGCUGUUAGCCAUGGCCUUUGACCGCUAUGUAGCCAUCUGCCACCCACUUCGCUAUGCCACCAUUCUUACCGACGCCAUCAUUGCCCGCAUAGGGCUGGUAGCUAUGGUACGGGGCUCCCUGCUCAUGCUCCCAUGUCCCUUUCUCAUCGGGCGUUUGAGCUUCUGCCAAAGCCAUGUGAUCCCACACACAUAUUGUGAACACAUGGCUAUAGUGAAGUUGGCCUGUGGAGACACUAGGCCUAACCGUGUAUAUGGGCUGACUGCAGCACUGCUAGUCAUUGGGGUUGACUUGUUCUGCAUUGGUCUCUCCUAUGCCUUCAUUGCACGAGCUGUCUUUCGUCUCUCAUCCCGUGAAGCUCGAUCCAAGGCCCUAGGGACCUGUGGCUCUCAUGUAUGUGUCAUCCUCAUCUCUUACACACCAGCGCUCUUCUCCUUUUUCACCCACCGCUUUGGCCAUCAUGUUCCACUCCAUAUCCACAUUCUUUUGGCCAAUGUUUAUCUGCUCUUCCCACCUGCCCUUAACCCUGUGGUUUAUGGAGUUAAGACCAAGGAAAUACGGGAAAGAGUUGCCAGGGUGUUUCAGAGGGGACAAGGAACUGGGGUUAAAACAACUGAAUGA